AUGUCUUUCGAAUCUGAUCGGCAGACCGUAGCGUCCUCGAAGACCCUUGCGCGGACUGUCGCAUCGCUGGAGAAGUGUGGCUUCUAUGACAGAGACCCAACUGUGGAGCCUCUUUAUUGGACCUUUGCUUCCUCCUAUGACUCCCUGAAAACAGGGAUGUGGGCUGCGCUCACCGGAGUUCAAGAAAGGAGGAUCCCAAAGGAGGAUGCAUACCAGAGCAUAUCCCAACAGAUGAAGGGGCUAAUUCACUCUCUGGUAUCAAUCUUCCAAGUCAAGGAAAGCAAAAUUCUAGAGCUUAGCAUUCAGCUGGCUAACUAUACGGAAAAGGAACACUCAAGGGAAGCUGCGAAGGAGAUACAGCAGGCCGAGGAAGGACAAGCCGCAAUCCGUGAGGCUGCAAGGCUGAAGGAGCGACUUGCUCAGUUGAUCCAGGAGUUUAACGAGGAGCGCACUACAUGGAGGAAUGAGCUCAACACCCUAAUAGCAGGUUGGAGGACGGUAUAUUCAGACUUGGAGCAGCAUCUCUUGGCCUUGCACGAUUGA